UUAACACCGUGAUAAAUCCAUCACAAGCAGGCAGAUCAGCUACUGAUCAAGAGCUCUAACUAAACACCCCCUAGCUAGAGCGAUCGCGAGGUAAAGUAGCUGGCUUGUGAUCGAGCAAUGGCGUCCAAGGCGUUCGCUCUGCUCCUCGCCGUGAACCUUGUGAUGCUGGGCGUGGCCAGCGCCUGCUCGCCCUACUGCCCGACCCCGACCCCGACACCGACACCUGUGACGCCCACGCCCACGCCCACGCCGUCCUCGUUCGGCAGGUGCCCCCGCGACGCGCUCAAGCUGGGCGUGUGCGCCAACGUGCUGGGCCUGAUCAAGGCGAAGGUGGGCGCUCCACCAGCGCUGCCGUGCUGCUCCCUCCUCCAGGGGCUCGUCGACCUUGAGGCCGCCGUCUGCCUCUGCACCGCCAUCAAGGGCAACAUCCUCGGCAUCAACCUCAACCUCCCCAUCGACCUCAGCCUCAUCCUCAACUACUGCGGCAAGACCGUGCCCACCGGCUUCAAGUGCUGAUCGACUAAGCGCACCUCAACGUGCUCGACGUGCGUGUAGCUCUUGCAUGGGCACCCGUACGUGAGACGUCCUUUCGUUUCGGUUUGAUGCAUAUAUGGUUUGCUUGCUUCCAGUUUGCAUGCAUGCACGCACGCACGCAUGGUUCGUGCUGUUUGUUUCUGAUUUGGAUUUUGUCUACCUCUUUGUAUUCUUUCCUGUGCAUUUGUUGUAAAAGGCCGGUGCUCCCUCGUGCCAGCAAGAAGUUCCAACAAAGUUUGGUUUGCAGCUUGAAUUCGGAGCUAUGUUUGAUUGCAACAUGGUAUGUGUGGAAGUGGAACCGGUAAAAGUUUGG